UAACAUUCUUGUCGCUUUAUAUUUUACUUCCGUGACUGUUUCCUCGCCCCAAUUAUCAUGCGCAAAAACACUUCCUUCAAUACGGUUGUUAUUUCCGGGGAUAUUCAUUUCUGUGAUGAUAGAUACAUUAACACACCGUUCCCAUGCUGCUUAGAUAACCCCGUUAUGUUUAUGCCACAAAUCACGUGCAUAGGUCAACAACAUCUACAGCAACUGCUUUAAGUUCACCUAUAAAACUAAAACCUUUUAACCCUAGCCGGUCGUAGUUAUUGUCCACCAUGUUCACCACUCGGUUGUUGGUCGGAGCUCUCGUGUCACUUGGCCUAACGGCUUGUUCCUUUGCCUUUACCGAACAUGGUGCGAUCGUUCAGAGCAUUGUGCAAGCACAGCACGAGUGUGUAACCUACCUGAACCUCCCAAAGCAUCGCUUAUAUCAGUACCUCAUGUACAACUAUUCGAACGAUGCCAAAACCAAGCAAAUGCUUCGCUGCGUCGGAUUGAUUCUGCAAUGGUGGAAGUCGGACGGAACGCUAAACGAGCACGUGUUAGCACAGUACUUCAUGCCGGACACCAGUGACUCAGACUACUAUAAUCGAACGUACCGUUGCAUUGAGCGUAAAGCACCGGUAGAAGACGACCUGUGCAGCAGAGCGUUCGAGACGUUCCAGUGUUACCUGCAGCAGUACGGCGAACUGCUCAACUGUCCCAAGGUGGUACCGCUCAGCGACGAGCGACUCACCGAAACCAUGCACUUCUGUCUCGAUGUGCUGGACAUUCCGUUCUCGGACUUUGAGCAGUGGACUUCAUCCAGCGAGCUGUUCCUGCACACCGAACCAGCUCGUUGCCUGUUACGAUGCUUCACCAUCCGGGCAGGACUUUAUUCGGACCAGCACGGACCAUUUGCGGAUCGGUUUAAGCUACAGUUCGGUGCACCCAAACCGGACGUAUUCGACAACGAGCUCGAGGGAGACUACUGUGUCGCCCGAUUGCGCCGGGAAGGACAUGACGCAUGCUCGCUAGCGGCACGAUCUCUUUACGAGUGUUACUACUUUGCUGACACCCUGCUGCCUACUUUCGAGCGAAUAUUGCCCCUACUACGACUCGUGCUACACCAACCAGAAUUGGAGACAGCUGAAAUGGAGUAA